GUCCGAAAGCACAGAGGUAAACGUGACAAACAUGUGCAAGAAACAUGCUACAUGUGUCUCUGGCUCUGAAGGCAUCACAAGAAACCCUGUGCCUGUACCAGGACCAUAUGGCACACUAAUUUUCGAUUCAGUCUCGUGCUAUGUUAUCACAAGUCCCUAUCACUAUGAGCGAGUGGUCUCGGCUAUGCACGUUGGUAUGUAUUGAAAACCGUUAUCGAUAAGACCUAGGCCAUCAGCCCCACUUUAUUUUUUGCUAGCAGCGCAAUUCUCAAAGGCAGUUGUCGGCGGUCGCGAUGUCUUCUUUCUACACACGGCAAUCGGCAAAAUGGCGAAAAAGGACAGCAGCAGCCAGAAGGCCCCCAAGUCUGCCGAUUCUCGAUUUGAUAGUUUCCAGACCGACCCGCGCUUUCGACUGCCCUCCAAGAAGAACACCAAGACCAAAAUCGACAAGCGUUUCUCCCGAGUUUUGAAAGAUGAAGAUUUCACCAAGAGCGCAAAAGUCGAUCGAUACGGCCGCAAGGUCAAGUCAGACAACAAGACGAAGGCCUUGAAGAAUCUAUACCAGGAGGAGAGCGACGAAGAAGACGAACAACCAGACAAGCCCGACGAUGACGAGAAGGUGGCAAAAGAGCUGCAAAAGGCCAAUGCCAAUUAUGACCCAGCAAGAGGGGGUGGGUUCUCAUCCUCUGAAUCAGACUCGGACUCAGAUGACGAGGAGGAUGAAGAUGAGGGCGGUGCCAUCGUUGAGACAACAGGUCCUAUGCAAAAGCUGCGUGACGAGCAGGCGGACGUCGAAGUCGGCGAAGUGACGAAACGUUUUGCCAUUGUCAAUCUGGACUGGGACCAUAUCAAGUCCUCUGAUCUCAUGGCGUUGAUGUCAAGCUUUGUGCCUAAAGGCGGACGCAUUGACAAAGUCUCUAUAUACCCCAGCGAGUUCGGCAAGGGACGAAUGCAGCGAGAGGAGCUUGAGGGUCCGCCCAAAGAGCUUUUCAAGAAGAAGAAGGAGAGCGACGAGAGCUCAGUCGAUUCGGAAGACGACAGCGAAGAUGAGGAUGACGAUGAGGACGAAGACAUCAAGAAAGAUCUCAUUCAGGAGGGUGACGAUGCGGACUUUGAUUCGGACGCGCUGCGGACCUAUCAACUGGAUCGCUUGAGGUACUACUAUGCCGUUGUCCUUUGUUCCGACGAAGCCACGGCGGAGAAUAUUUACAAGGCAGUCGAUGGUACAGAGUAUCAAACCUCCUCCAAUUUUAUGGAUCUUAGAUUCAUCCCCGACGAGGUCACUUUCGAUGAUGAGCCACGGGAUGAAUGCGACAGUGUGCCUUCAGAUUACCGACCUACCGAAUUCGUGACAGAUGCCCUUCAGCACUCCAAGGUCAAGCUUACCUGGGAUAUGCAUCCAGAUGAAGUAUCACGGAAAGAAAACAUCAAGCGCGCAUUCUCUGGUAGUAGGGCCGAGAUUGAAGAGAACGACAUGAGAGCAUAUCUCGCGUCCAGUGAUUCUGAGCCGGAUGACGACAACGAUGAGCCGGCAAACGAUGUUGCCAAUGGCGAGCCCAAGUUGAGUAAGAGAGAGCUUGCUCGGCAAAAGAUGAGAGAAGCACUAGGUCUCAGUACCGAUUCGGCUCCCAACUCAUCUAAAUCAGCACCAGUGGGCGAACUGGAGAUGACCUUCACAUUGAAUGAUAAGGACGGUGAGAAAGACAAAGAGGAUUCGCCCGAUAGGGAGGAGACGACUGUCGAGAAAUACAUGCGCAAGGAGCGGGAGAAGAAAUUGCGAAAGAAGGAAAAGGUACUGGCCAAGAGAGAAGGUACCACGGUGGCGGAAGAGGAGGUGGAGGAGGAGCCGGUCGCACAAGAUGGUGAAGACCUCGGUUUUGAUGACCCAUUCUUUACCACUGAAGAGCAAGUCAAACCAACCAAGAGCUCACAGAGAAAAGAAGAGCGUCUCAAGAAGCGGGAAGCCAAAGAAGCCGAGGCCAAGAAGAACGCUGAGGAGAGAGCUGCGCUGGAGAAGGUUAUGGGCACUGGGUCCAAGGAUAGUGGCAAGGGUCAUUUCGAUAUGGCUGAGAUCAGUCGAGCAGAAAAGCAGAAGACGAAGAAGGGCAAGAGCAAGAAGAAGCAAAAGGGAGGCGAGGACCAGGCUACGGUUCAGGACGAUUUCAAGGUGGAUGCGGACGAUGAUCGAUUCAAGGCUGUGUUCGAAAGCCACGAAUAUGCCAUCGAUCCCUCCAAUCCAAAGUUCAGCACCACUCCCGGCAUGAAACAGUUGUUGGAUCGCAAAAAGCGGAGCUACGGUGAGGAAGGCUCCAGUAGGGACACGAAGAAGAUGCGUAGACGUUGAUAGACUUAGUUGUGACAUUAGACUAGAGUUACAAAUGGAAGUAAGCGA